CCUGUUACGUACACAAGAUUCUGUCUAUACAGUUACUUUCAAGCCUAUAACCAUGAAGAGCAUCUUCUUCUCUGUCCUCUUCCUCCUCUCCUUCCUUUUCUGCCUCGCCAACUUUAGCGAGGCUUCAGUUCCAUGCAGCACCGUGGAUGCCAAGGCUGCUGCUUGCGUUGGGUUCGCCACAGGGAAGGACCCAAAGCCCUCUCCAGCGUGCUGCAGUGGGCUGCAACAGCUUGUUCAAACUGUGAAAACAGUUGAUGACAAGAAAGCUAUUUGCAGGUGCUUGAAGACUAGCUCCAAGUCUUUGGGAAUUAAAGAUGAGUUCUUGAGCAAGAUUCCUGGAGAUUGUAACAUCAAUGUUGGGUUCCCAGUCUCCACCAGCACCAACUGUGAAACGUGAGUAUAAGUUGUUCUUGUGCUGAUAAUAUAAAUUCAGUUUUUGACUUUCUUGC